AUGUCUUCCGAUCCUGCAACUGUCCUCGUUACUGGAGCCAACGGUUACCUUGCCCUCCAUGUCAUUGAACAGGUAUUGAAGAGGGGCUACAAUGUUUGCGGUACCGUUCGAUCGAAAAAGACUGCCGACAAAGUCCGCACAAAAUUUCCAGCGGAUUACGGAACCAGAGCCACGACGGCAACUAUCGAAGAUUUGACAAAGACUGAACUCUUCCGCGAUGUCUUUCAAGGAAAUAUAGUGGGUACAAUCCAUGUUGCUAGCCCGGUUCAUGGCCAUGUCAAGGAUAACGUCCGUGAUAUGCUUGAGCCAGCCAUCAAAGGCGUAACCGGCAUGUUGGAUGCCAUCAAAACGUACGGGAGUCUCUCAUUCAAGCGCGUCGUCCACACCUCUUCUAUAGGGGCAAUGCUGGACACCUCGAAAGACCCACGAAUCGGGUACAUUUAUAACGAGUCUGACUGGAACCCGUUGACAUUCGAAGAGGCUGCAUCACUUGAGGAUCGUGGAGUUCUCUACAUUGCGGGCAAGGCGCCUUCUCCGAGAGCGCCUUGGGCUUGGAUGGAAUAUCACAAGCCCAACUUCGACCUUAGCUGUCUGAAUCCUUCUGUUGUCUUUGGCCCUCAUCUCGAGCAAGUCAACAGCUUGGAAGAUGUAAAUUCAACAUCAAAGAUUAUGUGGGUGCAGCUCAUGGACGCAAGGGAAAUCCCAUCUCUGCAGUGGGCUGGAGCCAUUGACGUACGUGAUGCCGCGGCCAUGCUUGCGGUAGCACUUGAUACACCCGCGGCUGGCGGCGAAAGAUUUCUGUUGGCGCAGCAUUUCGACUGGCAAUCAGCGGCUGAUGUAGCGAGGGAGGUACUACCAGAGGACGCCAAGAGAAGGAUUCCCGUGGGAACUCCGAGAACUGGCAUGAGCGAUGCGACAGCGAGAUUGUAUCAGGUAGACGGAACGAAGGCGGUUCGCAUGUUGGGAAUCAAGUAUCGCCCGAUGCCAGAGACGGUCGAGGAUAUACUGAAGCAGUUCUUGGCUGUAGAGGGGAAGACCAAAAUCUAG